AAACCCGGCCCGUAUCUCAUCACUGCUGCCAAUACGGACGAUUCGAAAGUUCAACCAAGUUCAACAUGGUACAACAACAAGAACAACAACGACGACGACGACGACGACAAUAAAUCGUACGAUUUUAGACCGAGUCCAAGUCACGAGUUCACGUCUGUACGAGCGAUUCACUCACGACCAAAGCCAGUAUAACAAGAGUUCAAUCUCGAAGGAAUCGACAAUCAAUCAACGCCGACAAUGGUGAUGGAAGAACAGCAAUCCGACAUGGAACUGGACUCUGAAAGAGUUCCUGUGCCACAAGUGCAGCAGCAGCAGCAGCAGCAGCAGCAGCAGCAGCAGCAGCGUCAGCAGCAGCAGCGUCGGCGGCAGAAAUCAACGAACGACAAGCACGGGGAGGCGGCGAUCAUCGACAAAGACACAGGCGUCUCUCGCAACAACCGAAACAAACCAAGAUUGAGGAAGAAAGCUUUGCACGCUGCUAUAUUGAAACAAAUGGAAUUCUACUUCAGCGACGCGAAUCUAAGGAAAGACAGAUUUCUGAGCAGUCUGAUCAAGGAGGACGAUCCAUACGUCGACCUGAACGUGUUUCUAACGUUCAACAAAAUCAAGGAGUUGACCACCGACGUGAACAGAAUAGCCAAAGCUCUGCAAGUAUCGAGGUCGGCGACGGGGGGGGCGACGACGAUCCUUUCGUUGUCGGAAGACGGAAUGAAGGUCCGUCGCGUGACUCCUAUAGUCCGACGGAAGAAGGAAAACAUAGACGACUGCACGGUGUACGUACAAAAUUUGCCUCCGGACGCGGACCACGAAACACUGAAAUCCAUGUUCUCCCAGUACGGCCAAGUCGUAUACGUCUCGAUACCCAGGUUCAAGAAAAACUACAGCAACACUAAUAACAACAACAACAACAACAACAACAACCAGAACAGGAAAAUCAAGGGUUUCGCGUUCAUCGAGUUCGACGAACCCGAGAGUGCCGAGGAAUGUUUAAAGGCAUUUCAAAAGAAGGGACGUAUCUUACCUUCGUACACAGCUCCCGAGGAACUACUCAGCAUAACUACUUUCGACGAGCCAGAGAAAGACGUGGUAAAAAGAAUCAGAGGAAAUCUAAACGAAGAGCAGCAAAAUCCGAGAACAGAGAACGACGGCGACGGAGACGAUGACGACGACGACGACGACGAGGAGGAACGGAGGAAAGGAAUGGAAAUGGACAACGAGAACGAAGAAGAAACAAACGUUACGAAUACCUCCGAACCGGACGACAACCAGAAGGAGAAGAAUCACGACGACCAGAAGAAGACGAGAAGAGAAAAAGAGGAGAAAAAGAGUAAAAAGCGAAAGCGUAACGAUUCGACAGCAGAACAUUCAGAAUCGACGACGGUGGAGGAGAAGAAGCAGCAGCAGCAGCGGGACGACGAAUCGGUAAGAAAGAAAAAGAAAUCCAAGCAUACAAAGACCGACGAAGACAACGAAAAACAGAGCGACGUCGAAGCACGUUCAAGUAUCGCGACGAUCGAGGACGAGAACGACCGAGUAUCGAACGAUCGGACAGUAACCGACAACGACGACGACGACGACAGAACUCCGGAGCUAGAGAACACGAGGGACAAGAGGAAGAACAGCAAUAAAACAACGACGGCAACGACGACGACGACGACGACGACGACGACGACGACGGCGACGACAACGACGACGAAGAAGAAGAGAAAGAAGCGGAAGAAGCGUAGCAAAACAGAGGAGGUCGGCGGCGACAGCGGCAGCGGUACCGGCAGCAGUGACAGUAUGGGACUGCAAGUGAUGGCCAAAAGAGAUUGGAAACAGUUGAGGAACAAGUAUUUAGAGUUGCAAAGAAACAAAAUGAAGCAGUUGAAACAACAUCUAAGGAAGGCCAGGUGGAACCAAUGGUCGAACCGCGGCGAGCAGAACAAAACGAGUGAGACGAAGGAGGUGGGGAACGAGGAAAGCGAAGACAAGGAGAAGAAACAGGACGUCGUAAACACGCCGUGUCGCUUUUCAUUCACGCCGGGUGUCAUAGUAAAGAUCGAGAUGGAGAAACCGUGCACGGAUCCAAAAAGUUUGAAGGCGGAAUUAAGAAACAAGAACGGAAAUUCGGUGAAGUACAUCGACGUCGAGGAGGGUUCUCACGUCGCUCACGUGAGGUGCGACACGAACGAGGCCGCACAGGCGUUGGUGCGAAAGUCGAACGAGGUGGACGAGGAAGACGAAAAGCAGGCGGCUAUCUUGGAAGGUGAGGAAGAGAAAGCGUAUUGGGACAAGAUUUUGAACGACAGGGAAGAGAAACUGACGAAGAAAGUUCGACCGAAGCAAAGAGGAAGAAACAAACUGUUGAAGAAAGCAGAGAAAGAAUUGGGGAAGCACAUAAAGUUCGACGAAGUCUGAGCGCCAAGUACCUCGCCACCGAGAAUCGGCGGCGGGGAGGGAUCGCCGCAGGGAGGGGAAAAAAGAAUCGUAAACAGGAACUGCAGCAGCAGCAGCAGCACGAUCAUGUUUGUAACUACAAAAUUUA